AUGCAUUUUAACCUUCAAGCGAUUCUGCUUUCCGUGUCGUUGUUCGUGCCAUCACUUGUUUCUGCCCAGCUAGCUUCCGGUUAUCCUAUAGGCCCUCUUACUUCUUCAGAUUCGAAAUGGGCGAAGAAGGUCUGUGAUGUCACCAAGUAUGGCGCAGUAGCCGAUGGAAAGACAGAUUUAGGUACUCCUCUUCUUGCAGCGUUUAACGCCUGUGCGAGUGGUGGUGUCGUGAACAUACCUCUUGGUAACUAUGCUAUGUCUACAUGGGUAACGCUAUCUGGCGGCAAGGCAUGGGCUAUAAACCUCGAGGGUGUCAUAUUCAGAACGGGCACUGCAGGCGGACACAUGAUUGUCAUCGAAAACUCGACCGACUUCGAACUCUACAGUAGCAGGUCAAGCGGUGCCAUUCAAGGUUAUGGAUACGUGUUUCACGCUCAGGGGACUUAUGGUUUUGCUAUCCAUGAUAUUGCUCUUGUCGAUUCUCCAGCAUUCCACCUCAUUCUCGACACGGUACAAAAUGGCGAAGUAUACAAUAUGAUCAUCCGUGGUGGAAACGAGGGUGGAUUAGACGGCAUCGAUGUUUGGGGUUUCAACGUCCAUAUUCAUGAUGUUGAGGUUACUAAUAAGGACGAAUGCGUUACUGUCAAGAAUCCAUCCAACCACAUGCUCAUCGAGAAUAUCCAUUGUAAUGUAAGUGGAGGAUGUGCAAUAGGUAGUCUGGGGUCGGAUACUGCCAUUUCGAAGAUUACUUACAACAAUAUUUACACCUGGCAAUCGAAUCAGAUGUUUAUGAUCAAGAGUAACGGUGGAUCAGGAUCGGUAUCCGAUAGCGUAUUCUCAAAUUUCAUAGGCCACAGCAACGCAUACUCUCUCGAUAUUGACUCGUAUUGGAAAUCAACACCAGCAGACGGCAAUGGUGUUUUAUAUACAGGUCUGACUUUCUCGAAUUGGAAAGGAACCUGUGCAAAUGGUGCUGCUAGAGCACCUAUCCAAAUUAUUUGUCCAACAGGACAGCCUUGCGCGGGCUUGAGCAUUACAAAUUUUGCCAUGUGGACAGAUACAGGUAGUUACGAGAUAUAUAAAUGUGAAAAUGCUUGGGGUGAUGGAGGGUGCUUGGUUCACGGAUCAGCGCAUACAGCUUAUGCCAUCGUGACACAAACAGUAUCUUCAGCUCCUUCCGGCUACUCGGCUGCAAAAAUGCCAAAUGACCUCGCUGCUGGGUAUGCGCUCACGGCUAGUAUUCCUAUUCCUACGAUUCCCACCACUUUCUUCCCUGGACAAGUUCCGGCAACGAAGAGAGCGUACCCAUAG